GCGCUAACUGGUGGCAUUUUCAUUCCAAUGUAUCGAGAUUUCGUUACGCUCUUUGAAGGUAGUGGUACCAACAAAGCUAGUGUCGAAACCAGAGGUCUUCUUUCAGUGACACUUACUCCCGACCCUACCGCAACAUAUGACGAUCUCUUGCUCAAUGGAUUGGAGAUUUUCAAGUUGAACUCUUCAAAUGGUUCUCUUGCCGCACCAAAUCCUAAUAUCCCUAUGAAUUUAACAUCUUUACAAGGUAAUAAUCGAUCGUCAAAUAGUUCUCAUCAUUUAAUACUGAUUAUCGGAGGAAUCCUUGGUGCUAUUCUAGUAGUCGCACUCAUAUCAUCAAUAUAUUUCAUAAUCAUUUUCCGAAGAAAAAAGGAGAAACAAAAAUUCAUGAAAACAAUGAGCAAAGAUGAUACUAGCAAGCUUAAGUGGAUUUCGCCGUUGGAUGAUUCUGGAUCUAAUGCAACUAGCGCUAGUGUGAUUUCUUCUCUGCCGUCCGAUCUUUGUCGACGUUUCUCAUUUGCGCAAGUUAGGGUUGCUACGAACGAUUUCGACGACGAUUUGAUCAUAGGAACCGGUGGGUUCGGUAAAGUUUACAAGGGUUCAAUAGAUGAUGGAGCCACUAUUGUGGCCAUAAAACGUCUUACGACAACAUCGAAGCAAGGCGCUCGCGAGUUUGAAACAGAAAUCGAGAUGCUAUCGAGACUACGUCACGUACAUUUGGUGUCCUUAAUCGGAUAUUGUGACGAACACGGUGAAAUGAUCAUAGUUUACGAGUAUAUGCCACGUGGCACUCUUCGAGAUCACUUGUUGUACAAGAAUCCCGAGAGAAGCGAGAACCAUACACCAUUAUCGUGGAAGCAACGACUUAUGAUUUGUCUUGGAUCAGCUCGCGGUUUGCACUAUCUUCACGCGGGUGCUAAACAAUUGAUUAUUCAUCGAGAUGUCAAGUCUACGAAUAUUCUUCUUGAUGAUAAGUGGACGGCCAAAGUCUCAGACUUUGGCCUUUCAAAGGUAGGACCCACUCCUGGUGAUAUGGGUCCUACCCAUGUUAGUACCGCUGUUAAAGGUAGUGUUGGAUAUUUAGAUCCAGAGUACUAUCGACGUCAACAAUUGACAGAGAAAUCAGAUGUAUACUCCUUCGGAGUUUUGUUGUUCGAGGUUUUAUGUGCUCGAUUUGCGAUGAACCCUAAUCUACCCAAGCAACAAGUGAACUUAGCCGUGUGGGCUCGUUAUAACUACAAAAAUAAAACCCUCCACACAAUUGUCGAUCCAAAUCUAACAGGGCAAAUUGCACCCGAAUGUCUAAGAAAAUUUGGAGAAGUGGCAGAAAUGUGUAUACGAGAACAUGGAAGUGAUCGUCCUUCGAUGGGGGACGUAGUUUGGGGCCUUGAAUUUGCCUUACAACUACAAGAAACCGCGGAGAAAAUUAUGCAAAACAAUUUAAGUGAUGAUCCUCAAGGAGAAAUUUCAGAUUCUACGAUAAGUUUUAAACUUGAUGGGGCAAAUGCAUUAGGUUCAAUGUAUAUUGAGAAUGAAUCGACCACAUUAAAUGAUGAUUUUUCUGAUACUAAGAUGGUUGAUAUGGGCACAAAAAAGUUAUUGGAUAGUAGAACUACUACAUUUAAUUCAUCGGAAUCACCCAUAAUUGAUAUGAAGUCUGGUUCGGUUUUUUCUGAGAUUAUCGACCCAAAAGCCAGAUGACUCGUACAAAUUGUUGUAUGAGACGAUUUCUCUAUAAAAUGUGUUUCAUACGACAUGAGAAUAUAAGAUUUUUAUUUCUCUUACAAGAGUAUCUAAAAGAAAUAAGAAAAUAUAUUUUUUUGUAAAUUUUUUUUUGAGGAUAAUAAAUAUAACUGUUAAUUUGUUAAUUAGUAUUAUAUUUUGAAUAUUUCAAGGUACGGUUGUGUUUUUAAUAUGAAUAAUUAUAUCAUAAAAAUAUAAGAUGCA